CCCCUCCCUCACUCUCUCUCUCUCUCUCUCUCUAAAUAUCACCGCCAUAUCCCUUUCCUUCUCCCGUGAACUCUUCACCAACUCUCCCAUUUCUCUCCCUCUCUCAUUUCCCUCUCCCUCUCUCCCAAUGGAGGCUUCCCCUGCUCUCUCCCGCAUCGGCCUGGCCGGCCUGGCCGUCAUGGGCCAGAACCUCGCCCUCAACAUCGCCGAGAAAGGCUUCCCCAUCUCCGUCUACAACCGCACCACCUCCAAGGUCGACGAGACCGUCGAUCGCGCCGUGAACGAAGGCAACCUCCCUCUCUCCGGCCAGUACACCCCCAAAGACUUCGUCCUCUCCCUCCAGCGCCCCAGAUCCGUCAUCAUUCUCGUCAAGGCCGGCGCCCCCGUCGACCAGACCAUCGCCGCCCUGUCCGCCUACAUGGAGCCCGGCGACGCCAUCAUCGACGGCGGCAACGAGUGGUACGAGAACACCGAGCGCCGCAUCCACGAGGCCUCCGCCAAGGGCCUCCUCUACCUCGGCAUGGGAGUCUCCGGCGGCGAGGAGGGCGCCCGCCACGGCCCCAGUCUCAUGCCCGGCGGGUCCCACCAGGCGUACUCCAACGUCCAGGAUAUUCUCCACAAGGUCGCCGCCCAGGUGGAGGACGGGCCGUGCGUGACGUACAUCGGCCAAGGCGGGUCCGGUAACUUCGUCAAGAUGGUCCACAACGGAAUCGAGUACGGCGAUAUGCAGCUGAUUUCCGAGGCCUACGACGUGUUGAAGAACAUCGGCGGGCUUUCGAAUUCGGAGCUGGCUGAAAUCUUUGACGAGUGGAAGGGGGAGCUGGAGAGCUUCUUGGUUGAGAUUACCGCCGAUAUUUUCAAGGUGAAAGACGAUUUGGCCGAUGGGUUUUUGGUGGAUAAGUUGCUGGACAAGACGGGGAUGAAGGGCACCGGGAAAUGGACGGUUCAGCAGGCUGCUGAGCUUUCCGUGGCGGCCCCGACUAUUGCGGCGUCGUUGGAUUGUAGAUACUUGAGUGGAUUGAAGGAGGAGAGGGAGAGCGCCGAGGAGGCCUUGAAGCAGGCCGGGUUCAAGGAGGAGAUUGGGAAUGUGACUAGUGGGAUUGAUAAGAAGAGGUUGAUUGAUGAUGUGAGGCAGGCUUUGUAUGCUUCCAAGAUUUGUAGCUAUGCUCAGGGGAUGAACUUGUUGAGGGCUAAGAGUAUGGAGAAGGGUUGGAAUUUGAAUUUGGGGGAAUUGGCUAGGAUUUGGAAGGGUGGGUGUAUUAUUAGGGCCGUGUUCUUGGACAGGAUUAAGAAUGCGUAUCAGAGGAAUCAGGGUUUACCUAACUUGGUUGUUGAUCCCGACUUUGCUAAGGAAAUGGUGCAGAGGCAAGCUGCGUGGAGGAGAGUUGUAGGGUUGGCUGUGGCCGCCGGGAUUAGUACUCCGGGAAUGUGUGCUAGUUUGUCGUACUUUGAUACAUACAGGCGUGCUAGGCUUCCGGCUAAUCUUGUUCAGGCUCAAAGAGACUUGUUUGGAGCGCAUACUUAUGAGAGGGUUGAUCGCCCUGGCUCAUUUCAUACAGAGUGGACUAAACUUGCUCAAAAGAGUUCGGGUGUUGGGGUUCUCAAUUGAGCUGUUGUUACUUACUAGUUUGGUUAGUUGUUGAUUUCAAUGGGAUGUUGGUUGGUUUGAUAGUUGAAUUGGAAUUGUAUGUCUCUUUGAGGCUCCCUUGCAUAGGCGUAGCGAUCAUUGCUUACCCUUGUCAAUAAAAAGUGCUUGCCUUUUGAGUUCAAUGAGCUAAAUAGUUUUCUGA